AGGAGACCAAUUUGAUCUUUUUGUGUCCAUGUAUCAGCGCCGGGGAGGGGGGGUGCCGUACUUUGACAAGAAAUGUGUGGUGAACUUUGACAAGAACAGCGUCCCGCAUCGUCGCUAUCGACGGCCGCCCGCACGCACGCCGGCCGGCGUCCUCCGCCGCUACCGCUAGCUGGCAUGGACUGACUAGGCGCGUGAGUAUUCGCGUGCGGGAAAUUGGUAGGAUUUGGAAAGCGUGACAAAGAUAGAGAAAAAAAAAACCCGGUCGGCGCGGUCUCGUGUCCUCCCCUCGCGCCGAAAAGGAGUGCCCACCACCUGCCCCUGCUGGCUGCUGCCUCCUAUAAAAGCAAUCGUCCGCCCUCGCGCUCCGCUGAGCUGCGAUUUCUUCCAUUAAGCGGCCUGCUUCGAGUUCGAGCGUAGCUUGCGUAGGGAACCCCCGGUUGCUUGCUCGUCAGUCGUCACUGUACUAGAGUCCAGAAACCGCUGGAACUUUACGUAGUAAAACAAAACAUAACAACACAGGUGCCCUGAAGUUUCGGUACGAUGGAGUUCACCGGCACCAAGAAGGACGUCGAGAUGGCCGGGCAGCUGAACACCGAGCUGUCGUCGAGAGAACACGCGCUCCCGGCGCUCCUGAUCAAGGUUCCGUCGCAGGCCAUCGCCGGCUUCGACUGCGUGCCCGCCGCCGCCGACGCCGCCGUCGUCUCCCUGAACGAGCCGGGUGACAGGGCGGAGGACGUCGCCAUCAGCAUCCUCCCCGCGCCGGCGAGAGCCUACGGCGGCGACGCGCACGGCGUCCCGUACUCCGUCUCGCUCAGCAUGCCGGCGUCGCCGUCGGGGUUCCACCUGUCGUCGCACUUCAUGUGCGCGGGCGACGCGCCCGUGGCGACGGCCGACGUCCGCCCGGUGCUGCUGGAGGAUCAGCGGCAGGCGGCGGCGGCGGCGCACUCGCCGCGGCUGAUCAAGCAGACGCGGUUCCACUCGCAGCCCAUCCUCAACCUGCACCCGCCGUCCAAGAACGUCGUCGACGAGGCUGCGGCACGGCGGUGGGACAGCGCGCGCGACACGCGGUUCGACCCGUUCAAGACCUUCUCGGGCCGCCUCGAGCGCCAGCUGUCCAACCUGCGCGGCCGCCCGCAGGAGCCCGUCGACGGCAUAUCCCCGGACUCCAAGAUCUCCGAGGAGGAGACCGACCAGGUCCCCGCCGCCGACCGCUACUUCGAUGCCUUGGAAGGCCCCGAGCUCGACACGCUCAGAGCCACGGAGGUGCCGGUGCUGCCGAAAGACGAGAAGUGGCCAUUCCUUCUGCGGUUCCCGAUCAGCGCGUUCGGUAUGUGCCUGGGCGUGAGCAGCCAGGCCAUCCUGUGGAAGACCCUGGCGUCGGCGGCGCCGACGGCGUUCCUGCACGUGAGCCCCGCGGUGAGCCACGCGCUGUGGUACGCGGCGCUGGCGCUGACGGUGCUGGUGUCCGGCAUCUACCUGCUGAAGGUGGUGUUCUACUUCGAGGCGGUGCGGCGCGAGUUCUACCACCCGAUCCGCGCCAACUUCUUCUUCGCGCCGUGGAUCGCGUGCCUGUUCCUGGCGCUGGGCGCGCCGCGGCUGGUGGCGGAGAUGCACCACGGCGUGUGGUACGCGCUGAUGGCGCCCAUCUUCUGCCUGGAGCUCAAGAUCUACGGGCAGUGGAUGUCCGGCGGGCAGCGGCGGCUGUCCAAGGUGGCCAACCCGUCCAACCACCUGUCCAUCGUCGGCAACUUCGUGGGCGCGCUGCUGGGCGCCAAGAUGGGCCUCCGCGAGGGCCCCGUCUUCUUCUUCGCCGUCGGGCUGGCGCACUACAUGGUGCUGUUCGUGACGCUAUACCAGCGGCUGCCCACCAACAUGACGCUCCCCAAGGAGCUCCACCCCGUGUUCUUCCUCUUCGUCGCCGCCCCCAGCGUAGCGUCCAUGGCCUGGGCCAAGAUCAACGGCCAGUUCGACGCCGGCGCCCGGAUCGCCUACUUCAUCGCGCUCUUCCUCUACAUGUCACUGGCGGUGCGCAUCAACUUCUUCCGUGGUUUCCGCUUCUCGCUGGCGUGGUGGGCGUACACGUUCCCGAUGACCGGCGCGUCCGUGGCGGCGAUCACGUACGCGACGGAGGUGGACAACGUGCUGACCCGGGCGCUCUGCAUCGGGCUGUCGGGCAUCUCCACCGUCACCGUCGCCGGGCUCCUGGUGACCACGGUGUUCCACGCCUUCGUCCUCAGGGAUCUCUUCCCCAACGACGUGUCCAUCGCCAUCACGAGGAAGAAGCCCAAGUUCAGCAAGAUCCUGGCGCACUUCCGCUCGUCCAGCUCCGACAUGAAGGAGCUCGUGCUGUCCCUCCCCAGGACGGCGCAGUCUGACUCCGGCGAAACCGAGACCGAGCCGUCCGUGACCGCCAAAUCCCGAGCCGAGCCGUGAGUGACUAGCUCCCGGUCGCGGUCUCGUUCUCUCAUGUAUAGCUGCUACAUCCCUUAGCUAGCUGCACACAGAGCGAGGCUACUGUAUAGCUACUACGACGAAGAAGUCGCCGAUAAGCAAGUGUGCAGUGCAGGCACGCGUCCAUCGAUCGGCCUAAAGCGGCUGCAGCAGUCGGUCGGUCGGUCGGUCGGCGUGGAUUAAAUGAUCGGACAUAUACGAAGGGUGCACACGGCCGGUAUCCUUGGAGCAUUCCUAGUGAUGAUGGGGAUAUGAUGACGUGAGGAAAAAAUAUAUACUACUCCUACCACUAGUAGAUUGAUUAAUUAGUUUGUAUAAAUCUACGUACCGACAUAUUAUAAGUAGCUUGUGUGGACUAUUUAAGUAAAAGAAUAAAAACCAUGAACAUGCUCUAUGGCCUUCAAAGA